CUGGGGAAUCCACCGGGCCGAGUCUGCGCCGGUCUGUCCGGGGCGGGGCACGGCUGCAGCUUGGAGGGUCCGGGGCGCGGCGGGAGGGGGCGCCCGCGACCCUCCAGCUGGGGAGACAAAGGGGAAGGGGAAGCCCCCCAUCGCCUGGGGGGGCCCCGGAGCUGAGUUCUUUGCUCAGUGCACAUCUCGGGCCUCCGUCCCCCGCGUGCAGCCGCCGCCUGGUGUCUUGGUGCGCGGAGGUGGGGACGGCGGGAUCUCCAAGCGCUGUGCGCGCUCCUCCCGCUCGGAGGCGGAGAGAGUCUGGCGGGGGCCACAGGCGGCGGCCGGGAGAGCGAGCGAGCGAGCGGAGCGCGGCGGCGGCAGCACCGGGGCCAUGGCGCCCUCGCGCCCGCUGCUGCCGCUGAUGCUGCUGUUACUGCCUCUGCGCGCGCGCAACGAGGACCCAGCCCGCGCCAACGCCGACCGCUACGCUGUCUACUGGAACCGCAGCAACCCGAGGUUCCAUGUGGGCACAGCAGGCGAUGGUGGUGGCUACACGGUGGAGGUGAGCAUCAACGACUACCUGGACAUCUACUGCCCACACUAUGGGGCUCCGCUACCGCCAGUGGAACGCAUGGAACAUUACAUCCUGUACAUGGUGAAUGGCGAAGGCCACGCAUCCUGUGAUUACCGGCAACGGGGCUUCAAGCGAUGGGAGUGUAACCGGCCCGCAGCACCUGGGGGGCCCCUCAAGUUCUCUGAGAAAUUCCAGCUCUUCACCCCUUUCUCCCUCGGCUUCGAGUUCCGCCCCGGUCACGAGUAUUACUAUAUCUCUGCCACCCCGCCAAACCCCGUGGACCAGCCCUGCCUGCGGCUGAAGGUUUAUGUGCGGCCGACCAGGGGCAUGGGCAGGCCCCGGGGACCCCGGCCGAAAGCCCUGUCCCCUUCCUAUGUCCCCACAGAUGAAUCAAUGUACGAAGCCCCAGAGCCCAUCUUCACCAGUAACAGCUCCUGCAGCUGCCUGCGAGGCUGCCGCCUGCUCCUUACCACCGUUCCAGUGCUGUGGACCCUCCUGGGCUCCUAGCUUGGACAGAAGGACACCAGGCUUGCCCGGAUCCCACUGUCCAGCCCUCUGACCUGCCACGGCCACCUCUGAGAGGAAAUGUUGCUGCUUUUGUUUAUGGUGCUGUCCCACUGGAGGAGCUGUUCACCUAGAGCUUGGGAGGGGACACCAGGCCCCCCAACCCAUGCCUGAGGGGGAAACUGAGGUAUCUUCAAAGCCCUAUGCAGAGCCACUUUCUUUGUGGCCACCAGGGAACUCAAGACCUUCUGAGCUUUUAUUUUUUGAUUGGAUCAGAAAGACUUUUUAAAUUUUAAUUUAUUCCCUGAUGUCGAUGGUGAUUUUGGGAUUGGGAAUGAACUGGUGGGAGGGGGUGGGAGGUCCCUGAAGGAUGGAGAUUUGGGCUUACUGGCUUAGGCUCCUCAUGCCUGGUGAGUCUGAGCUGGGCUGAAAGGGUGCCUGGCAACCGACCCUGCAUUGGGGUCCUUUGCCCAGCCUCUGUGGAACCCCACUUCCCCUAGUGUCUCAGAAACCCCUUCAACCCUGCUGGCCAUCUGGCCCCUUCCACCAGGCACAGCUAUGUCCUGGGCUGGGAAUCCUUUAUAUUUCUGUAAAUAGAACCAGCAAGUAUAUACUGUGACUUAUUUUUAAUGUAUUCUUAAAUACAGACUGGAAAUUUUUUCUUUAAAAUUUUCUUUCCCAUCCAUUCGUUGGGAGGAGCCUUUUAUUUUGGUGGGAGGCAGUGGGAUGGACUUUUUAGGAUAGAAACAACACUUCGCAAUAAACUGGGUUUUGUUUUUUUUUUUUUCCUGUCUGUCGGAGCCCCUCCAUCAUGUGACCUAGUAAUGUUUCUAAAAAAAAAAAA